AACUCGAGUAACCCAUCCUAGACAUUUCAAAUUUUGUAUGAAACUACAGGACCGCGGGCAAUCACCCCAUCUUUGGCUGGGUAUACGAGACCUUCCUCCUCUCCUAUUGGACUGUGCUGCACAGCCAAGUUGUCAGCCCAUGUGGCGUGGCUUCAGAGCAUGUCAGCCAUUUAAAUUAAGCAGUGAAAGAACCAAAUCGGCAAGACAAUUUUUGAGGUGUAGGGUUAGUUCUGCCGAGGAGAGACUUCGGUGAAAUCAAGUGAACGAGGAUAAACGCGACCACAGGAAUAUUAGUGCGUUGUCCUCAAUUUGCUUCAAUAUUGAAGUUCACGGUACAGUUUACGGAGAGGAUAUUCAGAUCUGUCAGGUGCCGUUAACGUUAACUGUUCACAGCACUUUUUGACACAAUGGAGGAUAUCGUCAUAGCUGGCAUCUCAGGGCGACUUCCUGAAUCCAACAAUUUAGAAGAAUUCUGGGAGAAUCUUUUUAAUUCUGUCGAUAUGGUUACAGAGGAUGACCGACGGUGGAAGCCAGGUGUUUAUGGGCUGCCCUGCAGAAAUGGUAAACUCAAAGAAAUUGACAGGUUUGAUGCUGCCUUCUUUGGUGUGCACCCCAAGCAGGCCCACACCAUGGAUCCUCAGCUCCGCCUCAUGCUAGAAAUUUCAUAUGAGGCCAUUGUUGAUGGAGGUAUAAACCCGAUGACAAUGCGUGGCUCUAAAACUGGAGUUUAUAUCGGAGUCAGUGGCUCAGAGGCAGGCGAGGCCUUCAGCAGAGAUCCAGAGGAGUUGUUGGGAUACAGCAUGACCGGUUGCCAGCGUGCCAUGUUUGCGAAUCGUAUUUCCUACUUUUUUGACUUCAAUGGUCCCAGUACAGCCAUUGACACCGCUUGCUCUUCAAGUCUCUUAGCUCUGGAGAAUGCUUUUAAUGCCAUACGUAACGGCCAAUGUGAUGCUGCACUGGUAGGCGGGGUAAACUUGUUACUGAAGCCCAACACCUCAGUACAGUUCAUGAAGCUUGGCAUGCUAAGUCCAGAUGGAACCUGCAAGUCAUUUGACUCUUCAGGAAAUGGUUACUGCCGUUCUGAAGCAGCUGUUGUGGUGCUGUUGACUAAGAAGUCUGCUGCCAAAAGAGUCUAUGCUACAGUGCUUAAUGCAGGCAACAACACAGAUGGCUACAAAGAGCAAGGUGUAACCUUCCCCUCAGGAGAGAUGCAACAGCGUCUUGUUCGGUCACUCUAUCAGGAUAUUGGCAUCUCUUUGGAGGAGGUGGAGUACAUUGAGGCCCAUGGUACUGGUACAAAGGUGGGUGACCCCCAGGAGGUGAAUGGUAUUGUCAGUGUUUUCUGCCAGGGAGAACGUAAGCCCCUGCUGAUUGGCUCUACCAAAUCCAACAUGGGUCAUCCAGAGCCUGCCUCUGGUUUGGCUGCUCUUGCCAAGGUGGUCUUGUCUCUGGAGCAUGGCAUGUGGGCUCCAAAUAUUCAUUUCCAAAACCCCAAUCCAGACAUUCCAGCGCUUAUGGAUGGUCGUUUACAAGUGGUGACCAAGCCUAUUCCCACAAGUGGUGGUAUUGUGGGCAUAAACUCCUUUGGCUUUGGUGGAUCCAAUGUACAUAUAAUCUUGCAACCCCCCAUGUCCAAGAUCUCAACUACAUCCAAAGUCAAGACACAGUCCACCCAGCUGCCAAAACUGGUGCAGGUAUGUGGACGCACUGAAAAUGCCGUGGAUGAACUUCUACUUCAGGCCAAAAAGCACGCUGAGGACCACAGUUUUUUGACCCUGUUGAAUGAGGUGUCAGGCAUGCCAACCGCCAGCAUGCCUUACAGGGGGUAUGUACUCACUGGAACAGAAACUGAUAACCGUGAGAUACUCCAGACCUCACCUGCACAACGACCCCUGUGGUAUAUUUGCUCAGGUAUGGGCACACAAUGGGCAGGUAUGGGCCGUAGCCUAAUGCAGCUCCAGGUGUUUCGGGACUCCAUCAAGCGCUCAGACAUUGCACUGAAGGACACAGGUCUGUGUAUCUCAAAGCUGCUCAUGGAUGCUGACGAGACCACCUUUGAGGACACCGUUCAUGCUUUUGUGGGCCUGGCAGCUAUUCAGAUUGCCCAGAUUGAUAUGCUGCAGAAAAUGGGGCUACAGCCUGAUGGGAUCGUAGGGCACUCUGUAGGUGAGCUGGCCUGUGGAUAUGCUGAUGGAUCAUUGAGUCACACCGAGGCCAUCCUUGCAGCUUACUGGCGGGGACGCUGCAUCAAGGAGGCCAACCUGCCACCAGGAGGAAUGGCUGCUGUUGGUCUUACAUGGGAAGAGUGUAAAUCCCAGUGCCCACAAGGCGUUGUUCCUGCUUGCCAUAAUUCUGAGGACACAGUCACCAUUUCGGGGCCCCAGGAGGCAGUCAGUAAAUUUGUAGCAGAACUGAAGGAAAAAGACAUUUUUGCCAAAGAGGUGCGCAGUGCUGGUGUGGCCUUUCACUCUUACUACAUGGCCUCCAUUGCACCCAACCUACUGGCUGCUCUGCAAAGGGUUAUAAAAAGCCCUAAGCCACGCUCAGCCCGCUGGAUCAGCACCUCUAUCCCGCAAGCAGAUUGGGAGAGCCCACUGGCACUCUACUCCUCUGCAGAGUACCAUGUCAACAACUUGGUGAGCCCUGUGCUCUUCCAAGAGGCCCUCGGUUUUGUGCCAGACAAUGCUGUGUUGGUGGAAAUUGCCCCACAUGCUCUUCUCCAGGCAAUCCUUAAACGGAGCCUCAAGCCUACUUGCACCAUUCUUCCACUGAUGAAGAGAGGCCAUGGAAACAACCUGGAGUUCUUCCUGUCCCAUAUAGGCAAAGUGUACAUGAACAGUAUCACCUUGAACAGCAACCAGCUGUACCCAGCCAUGGAAUACCCAGUUCCUGCAGGGACUACUCCGCUUUCCCCGUAUAUUUUGUGGGACCAUGCACAAGUAUGGGAUGUGCCCAAAGCAGAGGACUUCCCUUCUGGAUCGGGAGGUUCCUCCUCUGCUGUAGUCUACAACAUUGAUUUGAACCCUGAGUCUCCAGACUGCUUCUUGGAGGGUCACUGCAUUGAUGGGCGUGUUCUUUACCCUGCCACGGGCUACUUGUUACUAGCCUGGAGAACUCUGAUGAAGAGUUUGGGAACUGUGAUGGAGCAAACACCUGUAACCUUCCAAGAUGUCACAAUUCACAAUGCCACCAUCCUUCCUAAGGAGGGUUCUGUCCAGUUGGAGGUAAGGCUCAUGCCUGUGACGAAUCGCUUUGAGGUGUCUGAGAAUGGCAAUCUGGCUGUCAGUGGCAAAAUUAGUCUUCUUGAGGAUACUGCUUUGAACUACUACCACUCUCAGCUGGCUGAAGUAAUGAAAACUGUGAAGGAGGAUCCCAAGCUGAAGUCAAGUGACAUCUAUAAAGAGCUGCGACUGCGUGGUUAUGAUUAUCGCAAAACCUUCCAGGGCAUCUUGGAAUCUAACUGUGCUGGUGACCAAGGAAAAUUGGAGUGGACCGGGAACUGGGUUACCUUUCUAGAUACCAUGUUGCAGAUGAUUGUAGUGGGUUUGUCUGGCCGCAGUCUCCGCCUGCCCACACGAAUCCGCUCUGUAUCUGUGGACCCUACAUGGCACAAGAAGUUUGUACAUGACUACAUAAAUGACAAGAAAGCUGUGGAUGUCUUUGUCAAUCACUGCCUGGACAACAUAACUGCAGGUGGGGUACAGAUCUGCGGUCUCCAUGCAACUGUGGCCCCCCGUCGCCAGCAGCAACAGAGCCCACCGACACUUGAGGAGUUUGUGUUUGUUCCCUACUGGCAGACUGAUUGCUUAGAGACCAAUGCGAAGCUCAGAGAACAGAUGAAGGCCUGCAAAGUCCUUAUCAAUCAUCUACAAGGAAAGCUCCAAAAUCAGGGUGUGAAGAUCUCUAUCCCAGGUCUGGAGAAAGUCAGUGAGGCUCCUUUGACUGACGAUAAGUUUGAGGAUGGAUUGCUAAGGCUGCUGUCAGUACUUUGUGGUCUGGAAUUGAAUGGCAACCUGCAGUCUGAACUGGAGCUUACUGUACAAAAGGAACGUAACUGUCUGCUCACCGAUUCUCUACUUAAUGGUCUGCUGGACUCCAAAGUACUGAGAAACUGUCUUGACACAGUCCUAGAGAACAGCACACCUGGAAAAGUUAAAGUACUGGAGGUUAUGUCUGGUGAGGGUCAGAUCUUCACUCGUGCUGCUGACCUCCUGAAUAUUCAGCCCAUGUUGCAUGUGGACUACAUAGCCUCAGAUGCCUCUGGUGAUAUGCUGGAUUCUCUUCAAAGUUCUAUGGAGGACCUUGGGGUUUCCUCAGCUGUAUGGGAUCCCAGACAGAGUGCUGCAACUGGGGCUCUGACAAAGGCUGAUCUGGUUAUCUGCAACUGUGUCUUGAGUUGUAUUUCUACAGUGGAAAUACUGGGGAACCUAGCCUCAGCUGCAAAGGAGGGGGGAUUUGUCUUAUUGCACACCCUACUGAAGGGAGACACAUUGGGGGAGAUGCUGGCCUUCCUCACCUCACAAAACAACCAGAAGGGUCUAAUGACACAGGCUGAAUGGGAGAAGUUGAUUGAUCAGGCUUCUCUCACUGUUGUUGCUCUGAAGAAGUCCUUCUAUGGCACAGUUUUGUUUCUUUGUCGCAAGCGGACCUCUAGCAAGCAACCCGUCUUCCUGUCUGUGGAUGACAUGCAGUACAAAUGGGUGGAAACUUUAAAGAAUACAUUGGCUGAAGCUUCAGACAGUACUCUGUGGCUCAGUGCCACUCAAAGUCACAGUGGAGUUGUUGGUAUGGUCAACUGCCUGAAACAAGAACCAGGUGGCAAUCGUAUAAGGUGCGCAUUUGUGUCAAACCUCAGUGAAUCCUCCACCAUUCCCUCUUUACUCCCUACCAACAAAGACAUGCAGGAUGUGAUCGAGAAAGACCUCACCAUGAAUGUCUUUCGUGACGGACUCUGGGGAGCGUUUAGACACCAUCUAAUCCCACAAAAGCUGGAGGAAGAGCAGACGGAGCAUGCCUAUGUCAAUGUGCUGACACGUGGAGACCUGUCCUCUCUGCGUUGGAUAACUUCACCACUGAAAUACUUUGUACCCUCUAACCCCAAUGUGCACUUGUGUCAAGUGUACUAUGCCUCUCUCAAUUUCCGUGAUAUCAUGUUGGCCACAGGGAAAUUGCCACCAGAUGCCAUCCCUGGUGACCUAGCGCUUCAGCAGUGCAUGCUUGGAAUGGAAUUCUCUGGGCGGGACCCUAGUGGUCAACGUGUGAUGGGCCUUUUGCCUGCUAAAGGCCUUGCCACAUGUGUUGAUGCAGAUAAACGUUUCCUUUGGGAGGUGCCAUCUAACUGGACACUGGAGCAAGCAGCCUCUGUGCCAGUGGUGUAUGCCACAGCAUACUACGCCCUUGUUGUUCGUGGACGCUUGCAGACUGGAGAAAGUGUGCUCAUCCACUCUGGCUCGGGUGGAGUGGGCCAAGCUGCUAUUACUAUUGCACUUAGCAUGAACUGCCAGGUCUUCACUACUGUGGGCUCUGGAGAAAAGCGCCAAUACUUACAGGAGCGAUUUCCACAGCUCGGUACUACAUCCUUCGCCAACUCAAGAGAUGCUUCAUUUGAGCAACACAUCCUACAGCACACACAGGGAAAAGGGGUGGAUGUAGUUCUUAAUUCUCUAGCUGAAGAAAAGUUACAAGCAAGUCUGCGUUGUUUGGCAAGACAUGGACGCUUCUUAGAGAUCGGCAAAUAUGACCUGUCAAACAACACUCCACUUGGAAUGGCUCUAUUUUUGAAGAACAUUUCUUUCCAUGGGAUCCUUCUGGAUGCACUGUUUGAGGAGGGAAACCGUGAAUGGGUAGAAGUCUCUCAACUCCUGAAGAAAGGCAUUGCCAAUGGAGUGGUACAGCCACUGCGCACUACCAUUUUUCAACGAAGUAAAGUUGAGGAUGCCUUCCGCUACAUGGCCCAGGGCAAGCACAUCGGAAAAGUCCUCCUACAGGUGUGCCCUGAGGCAAAGAAGAGUGAUGCAUCUCUUGAAGUCACUCCUCUCUCCAUACCUGCCAUUUGCCGCACAUUCUUCCCAUCAACAUCCUCUUAUAUCAUCACCGGUGGCCUUGGGGGCUUUGGUUUGGAGCUGGCCCAUUGGCUGACAGAGAGAGGGGCCCGCAGACUGGUUUUGACCUCCCGCUCUGGAAUCCGCAAUGGAUACCAAACUAAGAGAGUUCAAGAAUGGCAGGCCAUGGGUGUGAAGGUGAUGGUUUCCACUUGUGAUGUCAGCACUCUCGAAGGGACAGAGCGACUCAUUGCUGAAGCCUGCAAACUUGGACCUGUAGGAGGGGUGUUUCACCUUGCUAUGGUUCUGAAAGAUGGAAUGUUGGAAAAUCUCUCUCCAGAGCAUUAUCUCGAUGUCAACAAACCAAAAUACCAUGGAACAAUCCACCUUGACAGGGUGACCAGACAGCACUGCCCAGAUCUUAAGCAUUUUGUGGCCUUCUCUUCUGUUAGCUGUGGCCGUGGUAAUGCUGGCCAGAGCAACUAUGGUUUUGCCAAUUCUGCAAUGGAACGACUCUGUGAACGCCGGCGUCAUGAUGGCCUACCUGCCCUAGCCAUCCAGUGGGGUGCUAUUGGAGAUGUUGGAGUUGUUCUAGAGACCAUGGGGGGCAAUGACACAGUUAUUGGUGGCACCAUGCCCCAGCGUAUUUCUUCCUGUAUGGAGGUACUGGAUAGAUUCUUGUGCCAGUCUAGACCUGUGAUGUCUAGUUUUGUGAUGGUAGAGAAAGUAAUUGCAGUAAAAGGAGAAGCUGGUGGGCAGAAGGACCUGGUAGAAGCAGUGGCACACAUACUGGGUGUGCGUGAUGUGAGCAGCCUGAAUGCUGAUGCUUCACUGGCAGAUCUUGGACUGGAUUCACUAAUGGGUGUGGAGGUGCGGCAGACUUUGGAACGUGACUAUGACAUUGUCAUGGGAAUGCGUGAGAUUCGUCAGCUAACCAUCAACAAGUUAAAGGAACUUAAUUCUCAGCCAGGAGACAAGGAAGAGUCUCGGCAGCAGUCAUCAAAGAAAUUCAGCCCACGGGCUCUGCUGGAGUCAGAUCUUAGUUUGAUGUUAGUGAACCCAGAUGGACCCACGGUCACUCCACUCAAUUCGGUCCAGAGCAAUGAGAGGCCUCUCUUCUUGGUCCAUCCUAUUGAGGGUUCCAUUUCUGCAUUACGCACCCUCUCUAGCAAGCUCAGUGUGCCCUGUUAUGGGCUGCAAUGUACAAAAGCUGCUCCAUUGGACAGCAUUCACAGUAUGGCUGCGUAUUACCUUAAGUGUGUGCAGCAGGUGCAGCCAGAGGGGCCUUACCGAAUUGCUGGCUAUUCCUUUGGUGCUUGUGUAGCCUUUGAGAUGUCCUCUCAACUUCAAGAAGCUGGCUACCCAGUUGAGCACCUAUUUUUGUUUGAUGGCUCCCACUCUUAUGUGGCAGCCUAUACUCAGAGCUACAGAGCAAAGCUGACCCCUGGCAAAGAGUCAGAAGCUGAGACCGAGGCCCUCUGUGCCUUCAUCCAGCAGUUCACAGGAAUUGAGUACAACAAGCUGUUGGAGACUCUUUUGCCACUGUCCGACUUGGAAGCAAGAGUGAAUGUGGCUGUAGACCUAAUCACCUCCAGCCACAAGAACAUCAGCCGCCAAUCACUACACUUUGCUGCUUCCACCUUCUACCAUAAGUUGAAAGCUGCAGACAGCUAUGUACCUGCCACCAAAUACCAUGGCACCAUCACCUUGCUGAAGGCCAAGACCAGUAGCGAUUACGGAGAAGGCCUUGGGGCAGACUACAAGCUCCAUGAGGUCUGUGAUGGGAAAGUGUCCGUUCAGGUCAUUGAAGGCGAUCACCACACAUUCCUGGAAGGUGAAGGCGUGGAGUCCAUCACUGGUAUUAUCCACAGCUCACUGAAACCCAUUACCAUGUAAGGGAGGGCUGACAUACUGGCUUUAUUUGACAGCUUACUCGUCAUUCCAGCAUGCUUCCUAAACAUCACCUUGUGAGAUCAUCUCAGUUCCCCAACAUCAUUUCUCUAUUUGUGACCAAAAACUCAUCUCUGGCUUCUAGAUUGUUUCUCUUUAAUUGCUCAAACAAGGAUUUGGGUAGUCUUGUUACAGGUGUUGCAUUGUUACAUUUUAUGUUGAUUUAAUGCAAGUCUUGCACAAAUGGAGUAUGUCAAUAUCAUGUCAGCAUGAACUGAGUGCAUCAACAGUUGUAGAAGAUUAAUGUGUCUCUUGAAAAGGGAUCAAUAAAGAUGACUGUGUCUCUUAAAAAGGGAUCCAGUUUAAAGAAUAAUCCUCUACAGGUAUCAUUAGUCAUACACAUCCCUAUUGCAUCAUGUUUUUGCAGUGAUUCCCAUUCAUCAUUCCCAAAAUCUUGUUUUUUUUCUUGAAGUUUACAUGGUACACUGUUGAAAGGAACAGUUGUAAGUGGGUCAAUAACUAUUAUUUGAAAAGAAGUAUUUGGUCUGUUACAUGUAUAAUUGGUAAACAAUGCCGCUUUAAAUUGCUUAUCUAUCUAAUCAAUAGGAUAACUUGUAAUGUUUUGCAUAGUGAGCUUACCCAAAAAUGGACUAUUUUUUAUCCACAGUGAAUGUUGUGAUGUAUAUGUGAAAGGCACCUGUGGAAUUAAUUCAGUCACUAUAGGUCAACUUUUAGGCAUAUAGCUGUGAUUUUUCUUGUAGAUUAACACUGCUCUGUCAAAGUCAUAGAAAUGUGUAAGUACCAUAUUUUAUUUUUUAUGGUUGAAUACAACAAAGUGGGAUUAGUUACUUCUGGCACUAGUCUCUUGGUCUUUCUGAGACUUUUCGGCAAGUCUAUGACGAAUGCAUCAACUUCUGAUUUAGUGUUGUGAAUUGCUGCACAAGUUGUCAAAAGGUUUGUAAUUCAUUUUUAUUUUUUUAUUGUAAUUUUUCAAGUAUUUAUUGCACUAGUCUCAAUUAAAUGCUACCACUAACA